AUGGGAAACUGUGCCAUAAAGCCAAAGGUUCUCAAAGAUUCCGAGGAGGAUCUUGUUCCGGUGGAGCGAGAGUCGACGGCUCCGGCUGAUCGUCACAAGGCUCCGGCGGAGAAGAGUGAGGAUGUUGCUCCUAAAGCGGCGGAGGAAGCAGAAGCGGCGGCUACGGCGGCAAAACGGAGUGAGAAAGGAAAAGAUAUUUUGAUUGAAGAUGACAUCGAUGAACACCACAAACGCCAAUCUCUCAGUCUCCUGUUUCAUGAGGACAAGGCAGUAGUAGAAAAAGAACCCAUCGAUUUAUCUCCGAUAACAAAACCAGAGACAGAUAACAACAAAACCGGUGCUUCUUCAGAGGUUUCAAAUCUUGAUACUUCUGCUCUAAUGGCUUCCAAUGUCAAAGAUCCAGAAACAUUCGACGUUGAGACUCGAACUGACCUCGAAGUUAAGAUUCCAAAAGAUUCUGAGGUUAAGACUCCUGAAACUCCUAAAUCUAAAGAAGCUCAAGAACAAGAAGUCAAUUUCUCAGAGAAUUGGGAAGUUAAGUUUCCAGAGGAAUUGGAAGCUAAGAAAACAUCGGAAGCUGAAGAAAAGUCGAAACUUCCAGAAGUUUCUGAGGUUGUUUCUGUUCCUCCUGAGUUGUCUGAAAUUAAGGUUACAAAAGAAUCACAUGUUCCUGAGGUUUUGGAGGAUAAGAAUGUUCCAGAAGUUAGGACUGAUGAAGUUAAAGCUGCAGAGUCAGAGCUUCUUAAGGUUUCAGAGGUUAAAUCUUCUGAUGAUUUAGAGAUUAAAGUUCCAAAAGUUUUUCAAGUCAAGACUCCUGAAACAUCUAAUGUUAAGGUUACUGAUGAAUCUGAGGUUAAGGUUGAUCAAGAAGCAAAGAAAGUUAAGGUUGCAGAAGAAACAGAGGUUUCAGAGUUUGUGGAUGCUCAAGAGAAGAUAGAUAAACCUGAAAUUUCGGACAUUAAAGUGAUUAAAGACAAAGAAACUGUGUUGCCUAAAACAGAGGAAGAAAAAGAUUUAUCUUUGGAGAAGAAGCAAGUCAAAGAGUCUACAUUGUCUGAUUUAGGAAACAAAUGA